AUGGAUGGCCCAACACGAUCGGAUCCUCUGCACCUGCACGUCGACCGCAAACCCCAGCGAGAAUCGACGGCACCACCCCACCACGUACUUUCUACGAGAGCCUUUCCAGCACAAUUGAAGCCAAGCUCGGGAAAGUCCUCUUAUUUGAGCUAUCUGCCAUCAUGCGUACCGUCUCUUGACAGGUCAUGUCCUACGAGCAAUGCCGAAACCAAGACCGUAGCGGGCUUCCGGAACCCUUGGCCGAGCUGGUAUACACCUACGUGCUUCCAAGUCUGGGAUCAUCUCAACUGGGGAGAAGAUCAAGACCCAUGCAUCGACCUAGCCGCUUUACACCUACGCCACUCUCCUGUCACAGACAAGCUUCCAGAGAAGAGAAAACGACCACGCUUCAACGAUGUUAAGGACUGGCCUGGUUCUUCUGGCGCGAAGGCUGCACGACUAUUGCGUAUCGAGACCCCCGAUUUCUCUUUCGAUUCUUCGACAUCACCACAUGCCAAAGUAACAUGGCUGGGCCACGCGGGCGUCUUGGUUCAAUUACCUGCCCUUGAUGCCGCCAAGGGGUCUCGACCCAUCCACUGUCUCUUUGAUCCCAUAUUCUCGAUGAGGUGCUCACCCAGUCAGCGAGCAGGACCCAUUCGUGCCUAUCCAUCACCAUGCCGCGUCCAAGACCUGCCCCCGAUCGACGCCGUCUUCAUCAGUCACAAUCACUUUGACCAUCUGGAUCACGAUACCAUCAUGGCCAUCUGGAAGGGCAGCAAGGAAACUGUUCGCUUCUUCGUACCUUUGGGAAACCGUACGUGGUUUGUCGACUGUGGUAUAUCCGAGGAACGAGUGACGGAGAUGGACUGGUGGGAUUCUGCCACCCUUUGCUCACGUCCGGGAAAGGAGAGUCCCACUACACCAAGUCUCCAAAUAUGGUGCACACCGGUUCAACACAGCAAUGGAAGGGCAGGCGUUGAUGCAAGUUCUACUCUCUGGUCGAGCUGGUAUCUUCGUCGCCAAAGUCCUGAAGGUAUAUAUAGCAUAUUUUUCGCUGGCGACACGGGCUAUCAGUUUCACGGUUCCCCGGAUUGGCCUCCCAGUCCGCCGUUGGGAAAGAACACACAAAAGCCGAGCACUCAGGUGAGUGACGAUGCCGAAUAUCCUCCAUGUCCUGCUUUUGCCGAAAUCAGAGACAGGCUAGGCCCCCCAAACAUGCUACUGCUCCCAGUAGCAGUCGGGUCCACAUACUCCUACUUUCGCAGCUUCGUUCCCUUACCAGAUUGGAUCAAUCCUUUUCCACGGCACAGCGUGGGUAUUACUGCAGGUAUACACAUGCCGCCAUGGGAUGCGGUCCGCGUAUUUAAGCUCAUGACAGAGCUCCUGGACAAGGACACGACCAAUGAGGGCGCAAGUGGAUGCUCAGAUCCAGGCAAUUUCCCGAAUCCACACCCACCGGUAGCAAUAGCCAUGCACUGGGGUACCUUUGUAACAGAAGGUGCCGAGGUUCUGAAGACUCUUGGGCAACUCGAAUGGGCUUGUGAGCAGCAGGGAGUGCACUUUGCCAGGUCCUUGCCCGUUCCUGAUAAGGAGAGCGGAACUAUUGAACACGGAAAGAGGCCAAGAAAGGAAGUUCCUGUAUUCGUCGCCCUGAAUCAUGGGCAAUCUGUUGCGCCCAGAUAA